AUGGCGACACUAUCGUCCUGUCCCUUUUGUAACAUCGCAAGCACAUACCCGCCCAUCCCUCCCACGGCCUUCACUCCAGAAGAUACUCGUCCCAAUUCCCAAAAUCCAAACCAGCCAUAUACUUCACCAAUCCCCCUACCGGGCUCAUCCGACCCAACCCAGCCAACCGCGCAUCUGAUUCUGUCCACCAACCAUGUCCUAGCGUUCUUGGACAUCAUGCCCUUGACCCGGGGCCAUGUGCUGGUGAUUCCGCGGACGCAUUCUGAGAAACUCGGCGAUGUAGACGUGAAGGUCAGCCGCGAGCUCGGCCAAUGGCUCCCCAUCCUCUCGCGCGUCGUCAUGCGGACCAUCUCCGGUGAGCAUGAGAGCAGUUCAGAUUGGAAUUGGAACGUGGUACAGAAUAAUGGUAUCAGGGCCGCGCAGCAGGUUCCUCAUGCCCAUUUUCAUAUCAUUCCCAGGCCGUCGUCUAACCCGGCGCCGAAUGCUGCCCGGGCAAGCUUUGUGAUGUUCGGGCGUGGGCAACGGGAUGAAUUGGAUGAUGACGAGGGCGAGACCUUGGCGGGUUUGUUACGGGGAGAGUUGGCGAGGGAGGUUCUCAGGGUUAGGGAGAUGGGCGUGGACUUGGAAGGUGAGGCAUUUGAUGAUGGUGGUAGGGGGGUGAAGGGGAAGCUUUAA